AAAGCAUGGGACGUUUUCCGGGGAGCAUGAAGAGGAAACACCCCGAUAAUCCCCUCUGAAGUGAAAUAAAGGUCAAUAAUAAAGUGGAGAUGCCUCCAGCCUCAGCAGCUCAGAGGAUCUCUCCUGAUCGGGACAGAGGUUUGGGCUUUGGUUUUCUUCUGGGCAAUGACUAUGAGAGGAAGAAGAAGAGACUCCAGCAGGAGCUGCAGCUGGACUACCAACAGUACGCUGCCAAGAAAAAGGAUCUGAAAACUGAACCUCGUGCCCAGCCUCAGGGUCUCUCGCUGCCCAUUCAUGACAAGAUAUCGGUCCAGGAAAAACUGAGAGAGGAGAGAAAGAGAGAAUACAACCUCUUCCUCCAGGAGAAAGCAACUGGGAGGUUAAAGAGGGGAACACCUCCUGUUUCUGCCACGUCUGAACAGGAUCCAGUUCCAGAGGCUGUUCCCUCUGCAGCUUCCAUCCACACCCGUACAAACACACACCCUCCCCCCAGGGUUCGCCCGGCGUCCAGGAGAGACGCCGCCACCCUGACGGAGGAUGGGAAUAAAGAUACAGACAGAACCGGGAGUCGAGGGCGGAGGCGAUGGCGACUCCAGAGACUGAAGCAGCCUCUCUACCUGUACAGCUCCGAGGAGGCCGUCACGGACCAGGAGGAGGAGCAGGAGAUCAGGGGGAGACAGAGUCCAGAGGACAGGAAGCAGAGGAGGAGCAGGAAACCCAGAGCCAACAGAGCUCCUCGGCACGUAAAGGAGGUGCAGGCCCCCGAUGUUAAAGACAACAACAACAACAACAGCGACGACUGGCUCUGGAACUCAGACCGUCUAAAGCCGGAGAGCAGGAGGACACCUGCAGCAGAUCUACCUGCCUCCAUCAGGGACAGAGCUCAGGUCGUUACUGGACUCCUGAUCGGAGCAGUAGACGAGCAGACGGCCUCUCAGGCGAGGAAAGACCGGUACAAACAGGAGCUGCUGAAACAGAUCGAGGAACAGCAGAGGAGCAAGAUCCUGGAGAGGAAACUCAGAGUGGCUACCAGAGGAGCCUCAGACCCGGGGAAACAGCCUGACAGUCGAGGACAGGAUGUCCUCCACAAGCCAAGAGAGGACAGACUGCUGAAGGACGCGGAGCACAGCGGAAGGUCUCGUCAUGAUCAGGUUUUCAACAAGGAAUACCACCGGGACUUCUCUAAGAUCCUCGGAGACGUGUCCAACCCGAGGGUUACUCCUCCUCUUCCUCCCACUUUUCCUGAUCAUUACAGGACUCCACACAAUGCAGCGUCCUACUACUAUGGAUCCAGGGAUCCACUUGAUCCUGCUCCUCUUCACAACCAGAGUCCUCCUCAGAGACCUCCUCUUCCUCAGAGCCGCCACACACAGCCAGUGUCCAGGGGGGUGGAUCAGCAUCACGUGUCCCUGCUGGAAGUUGGAGAGUCUCCUGCAGAAAAGUCCAGGCUGAUGAGAGAGCGUGCACAGAGCUACCAGGAAGCCCUCAGACUGCAGAUCAGAGAACGAGAGGAUCAGAAAAGAAAAGUGAAAGAGGAGAUGGAUCGAUACGAGGCCAAGAUAGAGGCCGAGAUGAUUGCGUUCAACCCCUGGGGAAGGAGUGGAGCGGGAGCCCCAAUCAAAGACCAGAACGGCAACGUCGUUAGUGACCUGAAGCACAUGCACAGGACCCACAAGGACCCUCACAGGACUCCUGUCUCCAGGGGCAGUGGACAGUGUUUCCUGAUGGAGAAAGGAGACGCCUCUCCAGCAGCUGAAGCCCCCCCGACACACCGGCUCUCAGGUUUCAGUGAUCAGCUGACGCCAGAGAAGCUCCAACUGAAGGACCGGUACAAGGAGGAGCUGUUCCAGCAGAUGGAGGAAAAAAAGCGUAAGCAGGCGGAGGAGGCAGAGCGAUUGAGGAUAAGGGAGGAGAAAUACGAGAGGAGGCUGGUGGAGGAGAGAGCUCGUCUGCAGAGGGGGUACGAGGAGGAGCAGAGGAGGCACGAGGAGAAGCAGAGGACGCCGCAGAGGAAGACUGAGAACAGGCAGACAGAAACCAGAGUCCAUGAAGCUGAACCCCAGCAGGAGGAACCAGAGCAGGAGGAACCUGAGCAGGAGGAACCAGAGGAGGAACCAGAGCAGGAGGAACCGGAGCAGGAACCAGAACAGGAGGUACCAGAGGAGGAAGCGCAGAGUACUCCUGAGAUCGUGCACGGAGGGGGGUCUCCUCCCGUCCCGGCCCUGCAGAGGAGGCUCAAAUACCAGGAGGCCUGCAGACCCUCCACUGAGGAGAGCCUGAUCCACACUGAGCGCUCAGUGUCCGCACCUCCCCGCCCUGCAGGAACCCCUCCGUUACAAGAGGGUCAGCAGGAGGUGAUGAGGGGGCUGUCGGCCCUCCGGAGGAUUCUGAGAAAGGAGCAGAGGCACCUGGAGGCUCAGCUGGGACAGACUGACCAACUGGAGCUGCGCUACAUCCCCUCCAGCGGACCCAGAAGACGACCCAGAGUGGAUGCGUUUGAGUCGGCUCGCACUCGUCCGUCAGUCAGGACCACCCCCUCCUCUGCCGCUGCUCGAUUCAAUGUGCAAAACAUCUGGGAGUUCAACCAGCAGCACCACAGAGAUGUUUACAGCGGGGAUGCUUGUGAGGAGCGAGUCCAUCAGCAGAGGAUCGCCCCCCGCCGGAGACCAGACUGUGACGCGAUGAAUCAGAGGGGCCGAAACAUCAGGACAGAUGUUCAGUCGGAAACCAGAUUGGACCCUGAAUCUAGAGUCAGGACCAGAAACCAGCACCGCAGCGUGAGACUUGACACCGGGGACCAAUCAGAGCGGUGUGCAGAUGAGGACCAGCUGUCUCUGCACUCGGCCCUGCAGAGGCGCGUGUCUGUGGAGAGUGUUGCCUCGGAGGCCUGGCUGCGACCUGGCACCUCGGACAGCAACACGUAGCUGAGAGAUCCCUGACCUCCGUCCCCCUGCGGCAGCUGAGAGUGUCCCUGUGAAUGUACUGUAAAUAUAUGCAUGUGUUGUCUGAAUGAAUACCCCCUGCAGAGCUCAAUUCCUAAUAAAAUG